AUGUCGAGCUCAGAUGGACUGCCGUACUCGACCAUCAUCUUGAGUAUCAGCUUGGCCGCCUUUGUGUUCGAGACCUACGUCAGCGCCAGACAGCUGCCCCAUUUGACCUGUAAGGACGUACCGAAGACACUGAAGCCUUACCUUGCCGAGCUCAGCAAAGCAAGCGAGGCUGAGAAGGACAAAGCGAGCCAGUUGGACAAGGACAAGGACGAGAGUGUGACGCCAAUUCAUGCCUUUUGGAAGUCUCAGGCCUACUCGCUCGACAAGCUCCAGUUCGGCAUCCUGACUGAUCUCUUUGGCCAGCUCGAGACAAUCUGCCUCCUCACUGGUUUCUUGCAAUUCUUCUUCGACAUUGGCAAGCACGAGCCCAACAACUGGACCGGACUCAAGGGAUUGUGGAACCUUGCUGGACAACUGGGAGGCAGCUAUGCGCAAGGAGAGAUCGGACGUUCUUUGGUCUUUGCAGGCCUGCUCACACUCAUUUCCACCAUCACGUCCGCGCCGUUCAGCUUGAUCAGGACAUUCGUGAUAGAAGAGCGUCAUUCGUUCAACAAGACUGAUCUCCGAACUUGGACGACCGAUCUCGUCAAGAGUCUCGUCUUGACAGCUGCCAUUGGAGGACCUCUGCUCGCCGGCGUGCUUGCCAUCAUCAGAUGGGCCGGCAAGACGUUUGUACUCUACCUGCUUGUCUUUGUCGCCGUCUUGCAGAUUCUCGUCAUCCCGGCGUAUAUCUACGUACUGGCGCCCUUGUUCAACACGUUUACGCCGUUGAGCGCGUUCACAGACAAGCCAGACUAUGUCAAUGUGGGCCAACGAUUGAUCAAACUGGCAAACUCUAUCAGAUUUCCUCUGGGCAAAGUGAUGGUCGUCGAUGGUAGCAAGCGGAGCGCUCACUCGAAUGCCUACUUUAUCGGCAUACCCUUCUUCCCGAAACGUGUAGUCAUCUUUGACACGCUGCUCGAUCAGAACAAGCCCGAAGAAGUAGAAGCCGUACUGGCACACGAAUUGGGUCAUUGGAAGCUGAACCAUACGCUCCGAAUGAUGGGAUCUGCUCAAGUCAUCCUGCUCGUCAACCUCAGCUUGAUCAGUCUCGUUCUCUUCUCGCCAUCGCUCUAUGCCGCUUUUGGCUUCCGACCCGAGAUGACACUAGCUCAGAAGUAUCUGUCGCUCUCCGCAGACCCGUCAGAGCAUCUGCCGAUCAUCGUCGGAUUGAUGCUCAGCCAGUUCCUGCUCGGUCCGCUAGAUACGUUGCUGCAGUUUGCGAACAACUGGCAGUCCCGUGUGAUGGAAUAUGAAGCAGACGCCUUUGCCAAGAAUCUCGGCUACGCGCAGCAACUCAAAGUCGGCCUCAUACGCCUGAUGAGUAAGAACAGCGCAGUCCUAACGUACGAUGCGCUCUACUCUGCAUUCCAUCAUAGUCAUCCGACACUGAUUGAGCGUCUGGCUGCUCUAGAGCAAAUCGACAAAAAGAGCCAAUAG